UGAAAGAUUUACUGCAACAUUUUAUGGAUAAGAUAUAGCUGAUAUAUUUCCCUCUGUUCAGAUGUUCCCUCUAGCCAAUCGGAGAGCAGGACAACGUGGAGGUGGGCUCAAGCCUGUUAUUACGACGCAGGAAUUUUGAUGGACAUAGUUAGAUUCACAGUGAACAAAUAUCUGGGAUGGACAGUCAACAUUAUCGGGUAGUGGAUAUUGAUUAACCAGUGUUUUGUAACAGAAGACAAUCAUAGAAGAUAAAAUCAUUCGUUUUUGGAUCUGAAUGUUUAUAUGUUGAAAAGAUGUCACUCUUGGAGAGUGUGAUCUUGUUGGUUUAUUGAGAACAAUCCUGGAUGGGUUAAUAUUUUCAUAUUUUGAUGGGUUUUUUCUUUCGGGAAUUACAUCUGUGUUUGUGUGAAGAACUUCGGACAUGUGGUGACACAGCAAAAACAUGAAAUAUUUAUGUCGGUGAUAAGUUGUUCAACAAGAAGUUUCUGAAACAAAAUGGAUAACAUGACCACAUUUGGAGGCGCCAAUUGGAGCAAUUCUACUGCUUUUACAUCCAUGGACACAGGUGAUGUGAAACUAUACGGUGUAAUUCAGGCUGCGAUAGACCUAUGUCUUGUUCCCUUCAUUAUUGGCGGAAAUGCUUUGGUGAUUAUUGCCAUCUUGACAACACCAAAACUCCAGGUACCAACAAAUUUCUUCAUUUUAAGCUUGGCCGUUGCUGAUUUGCUGGUUGGAGUUCUUGUUUUACCAAUCUACUCUUUGUAUUACCUGGAAGUGGCUUCUGCAAUGAAGAAUAAGUACUUGUGUUUAGUGCGUUACGCGACAGUCAUCUGCUCCUGCGGGGGAUCUCUGCUCAACCUUGUGUGUAUUGCAGUGGAUAGAUAUAUCGCAAUUAUCUACCCACUGAGGUACCAAGCCCUGGUGACCCCUUUCAGGGUCAAGGUCACCAUAUUUGUUUUAUGGUUCUACAGUGUCCUAAUGAGCCUUUUACCUCUGAUGGGAUGGAACAAGUGGACUGAGGACGCAAACUGUGUCAUCUUCAAGGUCAUGUCACCGAUUUGGAUCAUUUUGUCGGACUUCCUGCUUGGAGCUGUGUGCCUGUCGCUGACGAUUGUGCUUUACGCUCGUGUCUUCUCUGUUGCUUAUAGGCAACAUAAACUGAUGGAGAGCACGUCUAGUUGGAUGCCAGACGAACUUCGACUUCGUCAAAAACGAGAAAUUAAAUCGGCAAAGGUCAUGGCGUUUGUCCUUCUGAUGUUUGUGAUAUUUUGGGUACCUUAUUUCGUACUAGCCCCCAUGAAAUACAUUGAUGGGGUGCCAGCAGAUAUGAUAGUCACCAUCAAGGAUUUUGCUCUAUGUCUUAGCUUCAGCAACUCACUUAUAAAUCCUAUCAUUUAUGGAUUUCUUCGCCGGGAUUUCAAAGCAGCUUUCAAGAGAUUUCUGUUUGUACAAAUGCAAAGAUAUCGUUACCAAAGGGAAUCUUCCAAGAGGGGACAAGAGAAGACGGUUAUGAUGAACUUUCCUCUGAAAUAUCUCAGCAACUUCCACAGUAUGUCGUCAGCUGGCUCGCUCCAAUCUUUGAGGUCAGUGUCAACUUUCAACACUAUGAAUGAAGUCAUGUGAUGAUGGCAGACUUCCAUGCACAUUUUGAGUUCAAGGCGACAUUUUGGAUGCAAGAAUAUUGGGUUUUAUUGUAGACUUAAGGAAGGUCCAGAUGAACAAAUGUUACUUCUGGUAACAUUAGGAAUGUGUAGCAAUGUGGGGUUUUGAGAUUUGGAUAUGAAGAAUUCUAACAAUUCUGACUACAUUUUGAAGGAUUAAAGAAAAGUACUUGCCAACCUUUCUGAUAACAUUUAUGAAGCUGGUUCUGAAGAUAUAUAUAUAUAUAUAGAGACUCACCUGUUUUGGACUUGGCUUAGCUCCAAGGACACCCUGCGAUGACAUUCUCUCCACACUGAGCUGUCAAACAAAACCCAAAUCGUCAAUGUCAGUUUAGCUGUCUUGCCUUCAUCCAUCUUAUAUUUGGAAAGGAGCUGAUUUCAUAAAAUGUAGACUCCAGUGAUGACAAGCCUGAACCAACUGGAAUGUUUUGUUUUCUUUGUUUUUUUUAGUCCAUUUCUUAAAUGUUGUGAAAUAUCACUUUCUCAGAACUUGAAAGAGAUGACAGUAGUUUUAACAACACGUAACACAAACAGUAGAAGUAUUCAUAGAAAUGAAACACUUAGUAAGUGGCUUCGACACACACGGUUCAUGGCAUCAUGGUGCCUGGAUGUGAAUGUUAGAAGCUGGAGAUGGCCUUGCUUCCUAUGACAAUGAGUUAGUAUAGACAAACAGUUCAUGGCAUCAUGGUGCCUGGAUGUGGAUGUGAGAAGCUGGAGACGGACUUGCUCCCUAUGACAAUGAUAAGCAUGGACACAC